AUGGCACUUUUGACGCCCAUCUUUAGUUCAAUUUUCAUCGCUGGGCAAUUUGCAAGGAUCUAGUAUCCUUUGCAGCCUAAAACGUGCCGGAAAUGGGGAGCAGAGGGCCAUUUUGCCGCCACGUGUAACUCGCAGUGUUGCUUUAAAUACGAGAAGCUGGGACAUUGGUCCCAAGAUUGUCCUUUGUCACCGCUUCGCCGAGUCUGUUUGGCCGCUUCACAUCCCACUACAGAGUUACCCUUUAUCUAUUACAGUGCUAAUGUCUCCACAGUCAAAGUCAGCGGGGCCUGCUAUGCAAAAAUAG